AUGUCCGAAGUCAAGAAGAAAAUUGCGGACGAGAAAGGUGAAGAUUAUGCGGUAGAGCUUCAAAAGUUGAUCUAUAAUGGGAAGAUUCUUGACGAUGCUACAACGAUAGAGCAAGUUGAUAUUGACCCUAAUAAGUUCGUGGUGGUAAUGUUAUCUAGGAGGAAAGCUCCUGAACCUGCUCCCAAUCCAACUACUACAUCAGCCCCUGCAGGAGUGCAGUCUAGUACGUCCGCUCCUGUUACUGCAGCUCCUGAACCCACAGUGCAAGCGGAUCCUCAACCUCGCAGUAAGACAACAGAAGCUGCCUCAUCAGCUCCCGCACCAAGCCCAGCUGCGGAGACUACACCUCAGCCUGUGCAAGCGCAGCCAGGUGCUUCCAUGCAACGAUCAUCACUAUUUGAUACCAUAUUAUCGUAUUUAGCCUUCACCGCCGAUCAAGAGUCAUCUAUCGAAGCUAUUAGUGCGAUGGGAUAUCCUCGUGAUCAGGUAAUCGCUGCACUUCGAGCUGCAUACUGGAACCCUGAUCGUGCCGUAGAAUAUUUACUGACUGGAAUUCCGGAUGACGAGCAGAUGCCUAUUGAAGUUGGAGGUGAAGAAGAAGAAAGUGAAGGAGGUGAAGUACCGGCCUCUCAGCUUGAAGCACUGCGGAAUCUACCACAAAUGGAUGAGCUUCGUAAUCUUGUGCGUUCCAAUCCUGAAAUUCUUCCCUCAUUAAUUCAGCAAAUCGCAGCUGUAAAUCCUGAGCUGAUGGAAAUAAUUCAAAACAAUCAAGAGGAAUUUUUGCGCAUUCUGAAUACGGCGCCUGGUUCAGGAGCUUCACAGCCAACGGCCGGAACUGAUCCCGCAGCAAAUCCUAACCCUUUUGGUGAGCGCCACGUGAUUGAUUUAACAGAGCAAGAAGCGGCAGCAAUUCAGCGCAUAAAGUCUAUGGGAUUUCGAGUUCCGGAUGGUUUAAUAAUUGAGGCUUAUUUGGCUUGUGACAAGAACGAGGAAAUGGCCAUCGACUACAUUUUGAACAGAAUGAGUGAAGAUGACAUGUGA